GCGAUUUCUAUCAAAUAGGCAACUACAAAAAUCAGAGUUCCACCGAUCCGUAUCGACCAAGAUCGCCAAACCCCGCCCAUUUCCUAAAGGCGACGAAGACAGCCGAAUUUUACCGAUUUGGAAUAACCAUGACUGUUAUGGCGGAAGCUCAGAUCGAGCUCAACGAGGGCUGCAGAUUGCCUGUAUUAUUGAAAAAUGGGGACGGUUGGCAUUGGGCUGAAAUCCUUGGAAAAAAAGAUAUUGGUGGCAAACCAUUAUAUUAUGUUCAUUAUGAAGACUUCAACAAACGUUUGGAUGAAUGGGUGCCGGAGGAAAGGAUGGAUGUAUCUAAAGCUGAACUUCCCAAAAAAGACAACAAAACCCCCAAGAAAGAUCCCCUUAAUAAAAUGACCAAUGGUUCUCGUCCAACAUCACCAGAGAGAGACUUUUUAGAAUGUGGAGCAUCAGGAACUAUAGUGAAUGCUAACAGUCCAUUAUCACUGGUAGAUGAAAGUAGUCUGGAUGAGCCACCAAGGUCAUCAAUUCAGAUUCCUCUUCAAAAUGGUGCAAUGUCCUUUGGUGGUUUACAGAAAAAAUCUUUAAUUAAAAAACGUAAACUUGAUGAUGAUUUUCAGUCAGAUAGUCAGGAAAAUGUUCCUAAAACUCCACGACAGACGGGCAGUAUGGUAGCACAUCAUGAUGACAUAGUUACACGUAUGAAAAAUAUAGAAUUAAUUGAAUUGGGUAGAUGGCGAAUUAAACCAUGGUAUUUUUCACCAUAUCCUCAGGAAUUAACGUCUGCACCUUUAGUCUUUAUCUGUGAAUACUGUUUAAAAUAUCUUAAAAGUAGUAAAUGUUUACAGAGACAUUUAGCAAAAUGUCAGUUGUGCCAUCCGCCUGGUAAUGAGAUCUAUAGGAAGAGUAAUAUUUCUUUUUUUGAGAUUGAUGGGAGAAAAAAUAAGGCAUAUGCUCAACAUUUAUGUUUAUUAGCAAAAUUAUUCCUUGACCAUAAAACCUUAUAUUACGACACAGAUCCAUUUUUAUUUUAUGUUAUGUGUGAAUCGGAUAGUCGUGGUUAUCACAUGGUUGGUUUCUUCUCCAAGGAGAAGGAAUCAACAGAAGAUUAUAAUGUAGCUUGUAUAUUAACAUUACCUCCAUAUCAAAAAAAAGGUUUCGGUAAAAUGCUCAUAGAAUUUAGUUAUCAGCUUUCUAGGGUUGAAGGUAAAACAGGUUCACCAGAAAAACCAUUAUCAGAUUUAGGUCUAUUAUCAUAUCGUAGUUACUGGUCUCAAACUAUAUUAGAAAUUUUACUCAAAAUGAAGCCUAACGAGGCGGGUGAAAGGCCUUGUAUAACUAUAAAUGAAAUCUCAGAAAUGACUAGUAUUAAAAAAGAAGAUGUGAUAUCAACAUUACAACAUUUGAAUCUUAUAAAUUAUUAUAAAGGACAAUAUAUUAUAACUAUAUCUAGAGAACAAAUACAGACUCAUAAUCGUGCCAUGGAACGUAGAAUAGUGAGAAUAGAUCCAAAAUGUCUACAUUGGCAGCCAAAAGACUGGAGUAAACGAGGGAAGUGGUGACAAUCACGCGACGUAGGAUAACAAAUUUUUUGUGACCAUUUUUGUUACUAGAUUAAAAUAGAAUAUUGUGAGUUGAAAUUCAGACAACUUUGUGACAAUAUUGGUGAGUUUAAAGACAACAGACUGGUGGUAUCCACACUUCAAGCUUAAGCAACCUAAUUUGAUCAGAUCUGAAAUAUUUUGGACCAGGAACGGGGACCCAAGCGCUUCUCAACUUGUUCUUGAGGCAACACUCUUUGAAAAAUGUGGAGGCUGGAAAUUCAAGUACAAGCAGGCUUGUUCGUGGUACAAUUAGGCAUCGAUUGAUAUACUUCGAUUUUUGAUAAGACUACACAAUUUCAAGAUGGCGACCAUGACUUUCUGCUUUGUUCCUGGUCCAUAGUACACUCGUACUUGGUGUUAUAUCAUUAGAUUGAUCGUUGUAGUUAAAUUACAUUACAAGGUUCUGUCUGUUAUGACAUUUGAAAGAAAUAAUUUCAGACAUUGAAAUCCUACUCAAAAUCUUAACUUAAGCAUAUCUAGAGUGUUUAAAAACUCGCACAUAAAGUUAUGUACACUUAAGUUCAAUCACCAUGUAUAGUAAAAUAUCUGAUUUACAUAUGCUAUGUGAAAUGCUACCCUGGUUAAUUUGGUCACAACUGUCUUACUCAUUUUCAGUAACUACCAUAUUGAUUGAAUUUGACUCAUUUAUGAGUUAUACAGAUAGUUUCAAAUGACAGAUAGAUUAUACUGAUAAACGGUUCUAUCAGUAGAAGUUAUAACAUACCUGUACAACAAUAGUGGUGGUUAUUUACAUAGGUAUUAAUGUAAUUUAUACAUAUACAAGAUAUUAUCUGUAUUUGGUGAAAGAGUCAAUCUGAUUAAAAUACACAUCCAAUUUCAUUUUGUUUUUUAUAGUUCAAAAUUUCAUUUUACUUGUCUUUACUUCACUGGGAUCUGGAAGAGUUAUUAUAUUACCAAUGUUUUGGUUCAAGUGAGGGAUAAGCCAAUGAAACAGUCUGUUACGGCGACUUUUUGGUGUGCCAUGCACGGAACUGUGGGUAAACCACUAGAAACGCCAACACUGAUUGAUUAAUCAAUGUCUGGGGUCCAAGGGUCAAAAGCUGCUUGUACGUCCCCUGACACGACCUUUGAGUACAACUGGUCAAAUCUUUCAUGUAGUGUAGGCCAUCAAAAGUAUAAAAAAAACGAAAUGUAAUAUAGAUCUGUAUUUUAAUCAGAUUGUGAAACAGUGGCACAUUAAGUUGCAGGUUUUUCUUCAUGUAUGGGGAAUCAAUUUUUAUAAGACUAAUAUGUACUAAUCUGCAUACUAAAUUAAACCAUUAUACUAACACCCUAGUAAAUUAUAUAGUACUGAACAUUUUAUAACUCUUUCAUUGUCUGUAGUUAAUUUGGAAACAAAAAAAAAUAUGUUGUUGUUUGUGUGAGUGGCACACAUUUAAAUAUACAUGUAGUUGAAUUAAGCUCAGUAGUGUAGAUGAGAUAUGUUUUCAGGUCUCUUUUACUUUGUGUUUUUGUGGGUAAUAAGAUAAAGUUUAGACUAUAAGGUGCAGUGUUCAGUGGUGUAUGUCAAGUAAAGCGCUGCUUGGAAAGGAAAGAUGUUAUUUAACUAUAAUCUCAGUUCAUGUCUGACAUUUCAAGGGCUAUAUUAUGUGAUUUUGGAUUUCUUAAUUUCAGGGCUUCUAUUGCUGACAAAUAUAUAUUUUCAAUGCUAACCGAACUGAUUAUUUGAUGUCAAUUAAAAUUAAUAGAAUUUGCUCUGUUUUUAUUCUCUGAAAUAUUUACUGCUGUUAAUUUAAUAUUCAAAAAUAAACAGAUAAAGAAAUCUUAUAAAUGCAUCCAAAACUGAUCAUUUUACUAAAAUUGGAUAAUCAAAUAAUGACUUAGAAUACUGAAAUUAGCAUUAAAUUUGACUACAAAGCACUACACAAAUGAUUGUAAAAUAAUAAAGCCCUAAUAUGCCAGAAUAAAGUUUUGGACCAAUAUUAUUCAAAACAAUCUAAAGUUAUGAUCCUUGGUUACUAUCAUUUCUUCCUGCCAUCUUCAUAGUAGUUUUUUUUUUUUGUACAAGCCAGUACUACUUUAGUCCACGUUAGACAGGUGCAUAUGACCCAUUGAGUCGAAAAAAGAUAAAUAUUCCUUAGAUAUUCUGCUGUUUAAUUUAUAGGCAGAAGAUCCACAAUUUAUGUUUCGGAAUAUUCGAAAUACAAAUUGCAAAAACCUCAUCUUUAUUUAGUCUCAUCUAAAAAUAAAGUUGUUGACAAUAAGUGAAUCUAUUAGAACGUUUGUUGGUACAUCCAUAUAUUGUAUAAAGUGUUCGUGAAUAAAUAAUGAUUGUAUAUAGUAUGAGAAUUUAUCUGAUGGAAUAUUUCUCACAUUUGUUGUAUGAAUAAAAUAAAAUGGUGCUGAAAGAUUAAA